AGACGAAACUUUCUAACGAUCUUCCUUCGUACAAGGAUACUUCUUUGUUACUAUGGCAACCAGAAAUGCUUUGAGAAUUGUGUCUCGUAGGUUCUCCAGUGGCAAAAUUUUUAGCGAAGAGGAGAAAGCUGCUGAGAACGUUUUCAUUAAGAAAAUGGAGAAGGAGAAGCUUGAGAAGAUAGCCCGACAGGGUCCUGGAGAACAAGCAGCAGGGUCAGCAAAGGCUGCUGGUGCAACAGCAUCAGCGUCAGCUGAGUCGGGCCCAAAGGUGUCAGAAGACAAGAACAGAAACUAUGCGGUUGUGGCAGGUGUGGUGGCUAUUUUCGGUUCGAUUGGUUGGUACUUGAAAGCAGGUGGAAAGAAGCAGCCAGAGGUCCAAGAGUAAAGGAGGUGACUGAUUGAUGGACACAAGUGAAUGAAUAAACAGGGAGUGCCUUA